ACACUAGCGUACGUCCCUUUUUGCAGCAUCAGUGAAGUAUCCCUCCCUACGACGACCUUAAUCCCUACAAUGAUGAUAUUUUCGCCUUCAAUGCUGCGGUAAGUUAUGUUAAAUGACUGGUAGUGUUUAUGGUGAGAAUUUUAUGAUACGCAAACGGAAAUGCCUCCUGCUUGUUAUCCACCUGUCUUCGGAUUACGCCACCGUGUCGCGCUGCUGUGAGCCGCAGCACCGCACUUCAGCAUCGGCACAGCUGGACAGCGACAGCAGCCUGGGAGCUGUUUGGACUCUGGACAUUCUGACGGUACCCAUCCACUACAGAGGAUUCACUGCGUUGCUUCACCUUCACCUUCACUGGUCAUGUUGAAAUAUGUGAUAAUGAUGCUCUUCUGAAGAACAGUGAACAUCUCAGCUGCUUUCUGUGUGACUCCCAUACUACAAGACCAUAUCCCAAAGCUUCUUCAGAUCUUUCAGAGUAUCAGCCCCAUUUAUCUCAGCCCCUUGAUCCAUAACCAGGCUCCAAGAUGAGCGGGCUGUUUGCCAAACUGGACCCACGGCGGAUUCAAUGGGGGGCCAACUGGUUUGCCUUCCAGUCCCGUGUCCUGCGCACGAAGCCGGUGGAGUCCAUGCUGGAGAGCACGGGAGGCAAUGGGGCUCACGACACUAAACUCGCCCGCGUUCUCUCCACCGUGGACCUCGUGUCUCUGGGAGUGGGAAGCUGUGUCGGCACUGGCAUGUAUGUGGUGUCUGGACUGGUGGCUAAGGAAAUGGCAGGGCCUGGGGUCAUUGUGUCUUUCAUCAUCGCUGCCGUGGCCUCCAUCCUGUCAGGGGUGUGCUAUGCUGAAUUUGGUGUGCGUGUGCCUAAAACCACAGGAUCGGCAUAUACUUACAGCUAUGUGACAGUGGGAGAAUUUGUGGCUUUUUUUAUUGGCUGGAAUCUGAUUUUGGAGUAUCUGAUUGGUACAGCAGCAGGAGCCAGUGCACUCAGCAGUAUGUUUGACUCGCUGGCCAAUCACAGCAUCAGCGGCUUCAUGAUCAACCACAUAGGAACGCUCAACGGCUUGGGUAAAGGGGAGCAGGCGUAUCCGGACAUCCUGGCCCUGGUCAUAGUCAUCCUGGUCACAGUGAUAGUUGCUCUAGGUGUGAAGAAUUCUCUCGGGUUCAACAACGUGCUGAAUGUCAUCAAUCUGGUGGUGUGGGUGUUCAUAAUGAUUGCAGGCCUGUUCUUCGUCAGUGUCAGCAACUGGGAUGAGGGACGUUUCCUGCCUUAUGGCUGGUCAGGGGUCAUGCAGGGUGCAGCCACUUGCUUCUAUGCCUUUAUUGGGUUUGACAUCAUAGCCACCACCGGAGAGGAAGCCAAGAGUCCCAACACCUCCAUCCCCUACGCCAUCACUGCCUCUCUGGUCACCUGUCUCACUGCCUAUGUCUCUGUGAGUGUGAUCCUCACUCUGAUGGUCCCCUACACUGACAUUGACACAGAUGCUCCACUGAUGGAGAUGUUUUCUCUACACGGCUUCCAAACUGCCAAAUACAUAGUGGCCAUUGGCUCCAUUGCAGGACUUACAGUCAGUUUGUUGGGCUCUCUCUUCCCAAUGCCGAGAGUCAUCUAUGCCAUGGCUGGAGAUGGUUUGCUCUUCAGGUUUCUGGCCCAUGUGAGCACAUACACAGAGACUCCUGCAGUGGCUUGUGUGGUGUCGGGCUUCCUCUCGGCUCUCUUGGCUUUGCUCGUCAGUCUGAGGGACCUGAUCGAGAUGAUGUCCAUUGGCACUCUGCUAGCCUACACGCUUGUGUCGGUGUGUGUGCUACUGCUGCGUUACCAGCCUGAAGGAGACAUUCACGGAUUUGUCAACUUCCUCUCUGAGCAGAACACAAAGCAUAAGGAGGGGGUUCUAGCAGAGUGUGAGAAGGAAGCCUGUUCGCCGGUCAAUGAGGGCGAUGAGUAUGGAGGAGCUCCAACAAACACCUGUGGAGCCAAGAACUUGCCAUCUCUAGGAGACAACGAGAUGCUGAUCGGUAAACCCGACAAGUCCACCUACACCUCCAGUCACCCCAACUACGGCACAGUGGACAUGUCCUCAGGCAUCGAGUCAGGUGAGACAGAUAGCGUGUACCUGCUGAAACUAAAGAAGCUGCUGGGACCUCGCUAUUAUACCAUGCGCAUUCGGCUCGGCCUGCCAGGAAAGAUGGACCGGCCCACUAUGGCCACUGGCCGCAUCGUCACCCGCUGCGUCAUUCUGCUCUUCAUCCUCAUCUUCUGCUUCUGCUCCCUCAUCAUCUUUGGGUCGGGUCAGGUCGCUGAUGGCCAGUGGUGGGCCGUGCUGCUGCUGGUGCUGCUGCUGCUGGUCAUCACUCUCUUGAUCUUCAUCAUCAUUCAGCAGCCGGAGAACCCCAAGCGCCUGCCCUACAUGGCUCCCUGUGUUCCCUUCGUCCCGGCCUCUGCCAUGCUGGUAAAUGUUUACCUCAUGCUCAAGCUCUCCACCAUUACAUGGAUCCGUUUUGGCGUAUGGUGCUUUGUGGGUGUUUUGAUCUACUUUGGCUACGGAAUGUGGAACAGCACCCUGGAGAUCACGGCACGCGAGAGAGAGGCCCAUGCCAGCACAUACCAGCGCUAUGACAUGGGUGUGGACGAAAACUUUGCAGUGGAUGAUGAUUUGUACCCUUCAGGAGAAGGAGGGCCAUUCCAAAGCUGGGGCUCCCAUGAGGGCAAAGGUGGGCACCAGAAACAACAACACCAGGAGCAGAGUGAACCUCAGCCUGACGGGCUGGACAGGGUGGACAACCACAGGACCUCCUCUUCCGCCACACACAGCAGGGCCAAAAACAAAGCUGGCAAAUCCAGUCCAGGCUUUGAGGCAUUAGUAGUCGACGACGAUUUGGACGAUCCCUUGGAAUGAGAAUGUAAUCCAAAUGUACUCGCCUGCCAGCAACUGCAGAACCCUUGGGCUAGGUUGUUAUGUCUCUGAAAUGAGUUUGUAUUUUAUUCCUAUUCCUUAAUUUGCAGCCUUUUUCACUACUGAUAGGAUAAUGAGAACGCACAAGAUGGGACUGAACUUUUAGAAGACUUUUUUGACCACACAGAACCUAAACAGCCUAAAUAUUCCUUCUUCAAAUUAAAUCAAUUUUAACAGUUUGAUCCCUAAUUCUCACUAAAUCAUUUUAUCGAACUCUUCAGCACUUAAAUAUGUAUAAUCUAUUGUUUCACUUGAAAUUCCCCCUAACUCAAAUUACAGUAACUAGCAUGGAAUUUAUUAUCCGUCGAGUAGUUUAUUACUGCCCAGUUAGUUAUCACACUCCCACAGCCGUUCCCAGUAUGAGCGAUUUUCAGCUGUCAGGAGGAUGUCCGUUUACAGGUCACUUCCUGAAGUCUAUUAGCCCCAACAUUAUGUAGGGUCAAUAUAAAAACAGGAAACAUGUGAAGCCCUAAAACACUUAAAGCGAUUUGCACACUUCGUUUUUCAGUAAGCAGCUGUUUUAAUAUUGCAUACAAAAAAGGUAAUUCUGAGAAGCAAAGAUAGAUGAUAAUCAUAAAAUGCGACUGGAAUUGAUAGUGACCCCACUGAAUCAAAGGCCUUGCUCAAUUCCGCUCUAACAUCUAGCCCAAGUGAGGUUUGGAGUGUAGGUUGUCACAAAUAGUAAUUGGACUUUGCUUGCAAUAGUGCCUUCGUCUGUCAGUGUGUGCUUUAAAUAUGACAUCAAGACGUUCAUGCUUGUUUGUUUGUCAUUUCUGUUGAUGUUGACAUAUCCAUGGGUUUGUUUUCCUGGUAAAGGUGCCUGUCAGCCGUCCUGUGUCACCACCGACCAUCCAUCCAUCUUAUGUGCCAGUGACUCCGCUUCAUCCUUGCAAGCAGGCAGCUCUGUGUAAAUACUGACGGUGUGACCACAGUACGAUUUGUGUCUCUCGGCUGGUCAGUGUGUCCGCUGAAAAAAAAAACAAGAAAAAGAAAAAAAAACAAGAGAAGAGUUGUAGGAAACCAGAAAGAGUUAAAUUUGCAUGUGGUGGGGAGUGUGAAUUUUUUUAUUUGGCUGUGCUCUUCUGCUCUUCCGCCAUAAUUCAUGUGGCGUUUAAUAGAUCUGUCCAGUCUAACUCUAUCUGUGCUACAGCUCUGCCAGCCGAAAAGGGCGGAAAAAAAACUAAGCCAGGCCUCAAGUCCAUACAUUUGGAAGGCCACAUGUGUUCAUAAUGCACUGGGCACAUCAUGCCAUAUUGCUUUAAAUGUCUCCCUCAAAUAUGUUGAAUUGUUAAAAAACAAAAGAUUGAGUUGCCGUAAAUGAUUUGCAGGCUGUGUCCAUUGAGUCCCAUUGGGUCUGUAGAGCUUCAUUUUGGGGCCUGGGUUGGUUUUGUUCCUUGCAUCUGGUCUAUGAUGUGAUUCUUUGUCUUUGCUGUGGCAUUUCGCUGAAUGUGUAGCAUGUUCAGAACAAACUGGCCCAGAGUAAAACAAAGUUUGUGAAUAUUUGCAUGUGUGGUGGUGACUGUUGAAAGACUUGAUGUAACUCUCAAAAGUAGCAUUCUGAGAGAUGAGGGUAGCAGCCUGCCCACCGUACACCCCCAAACCCUCCUGUUCCCGAGUGGCCUCUGUUUACAAAGCAAGCCAAAGUCUGAAACCUUUGUUUACUGUAUCCGACAAAAGACACCAUUUUACUUCUGCAGAGUAGAACACCAUAUAACGAUGCGAUGUGUGGCGAUGCGAAAUAUCGAAGAGAAGUAUUUUUUUACAGGCGUUUCAUACCUUCAGGUUCUCUGUUGGGGUAGUGUAGCCACCGCUGGUGGUUUUUUGUGGGUUCAGAAGAACUUCUAAAGAGAAGUGGUGAAAGCAUAUAUUUUUAAUGAGCUCUUUCUAAAAAGCUAACUGGAGAUGUUUGGAUUUUGAUUUUGUUGUUGUGAUUUAAAUAAAUGUUAGCACAUAAGAAUAGACUUAAAGAGGGCAAGGGAUAGGGAUAGUUCAUCCCGGAAUGAAUAUUCUGUCAGCAUUUACUCAUCCUCAUGUCGUUCCAAAUCUGUAAGGUAUUUAGGAAAAAGUUUUUUGUCUAAGCAACGGAAUUCAAUUAUGUUGUUUUGGAUCCCAUUGACUUUGGAUUUCCCAUUGUAUAGACAAAAACAGUUUAUUUGAGUUCACCAGAAGUCAAAUUUAUGAGUAAAUAAUGGCAUAAUAUUCAUUUUGUCGGUGAACUUUCCUUUUAAGUAUGAUUCAAAUCUACGUACAGAAAAAAAAUGUCUCUAAAAAAAAUAAAACAUAUUUCCACUAUUGCUUUUAAAGUAAGCUACUAUUUGUUAUUUGUCUCUGAGAAAAGGUACAGUGUUUGUACUUUGUGAACUAUCUUUCCUGCUAUCAUAGUUUGUUUGGUAUUUGUUCAGGAAAUGUGGAGAUUGGCUUCCCUUGCAAAUCUGAUCUUUGUUUCUGCUGUAUAUUUUGGUAUGAAGUGGAUGUAUUCUAGUUACAAUGAUUUUUUUUAAAGAAUCUAUUUAAUGUUUCUUCUACUUGUGGUUUUGCUCUCCCGUUGCACUGUGUAAUGAGAUGUUAAUAUUGCUUCCAUGCAACAAUGAAAGUCAUUUAUUGCAGAUCAGAUAA